ACUUUCGAUUUGACCAUGGCUGGUGAAGAUCCGAGCCCGCUCGAAGCGGCGUUUGCCGCCGCGGCCGCCGACAAGGCCCGCGCCGACAAGUUCGACAUGACGCCGGACGAGCAGCAGAGCUUCGUCAAGGCGAUGAAGGACCCGGAGUUCCGGUCGCUCCUCAACGAGUACAUGCUCGAGAUCUCGGACCCGACGCACCGCGCCGAGCAGGAGGCGUAUCUGCGCCAGCUCGAGAACGACAACAAGGUCCCGACCGACAAGCAGCUCGUGCUGCCGACGCCGGGCUUCGUGCUCAAGACCAAGCUCCAGGCGCGCAAGGUCUUUGUCAACAUCUGCUCGUCCGACAAGAUUCAGCCGCCGUCGAGCACCAAGGUCGCGCCGUCGCCGCAGGUCGCCGCCGGCACGUCCUGGAACCUCCCGUACUGCGUGGGCCCACAGCGCAUGGAGCACGACAAAGGUGGCCAAGCCGUCAUGACGUUUGACGUGUGCUACCAUCCGCAGACGCUGGCGCGCGGCCGUGACAGCGCCGCGUUCCUCAAGAUGCUCAUCGGUACGGCGCUGGAUGGCGUCGACCUCGCACUCUCCAAGACGAACCCGAACGACGGCCAGGUCUCCCGCGACUAUCACAUCUUGAAGGGCGUGUCGUACAAGACAGGAUCGCCGAUCACAAUGUGCAUCUCGACGCCCAAGACUUCCUCCGAGAGUGCAACGAGUUCGAGUGCUGCCAAGUCGAAUAGCCCAGCAGCAGUGCCCACCGCCAAGGCGCCGCCGACAACUAGUGUGAAGGCCAAGCCCAACACCAAGCCGUCAUCGACCAAGCCGACCACUGCACCGUCUUCGACACCGACGACCAAGACCAAGUCAGCAACGGUGGUUGCCAAACCCGCGAUUGUGUUUCAGAUCGUCCAGCGCGGGCAGUUUGACAUGGCCGACCACAUGGAAAACGGCGAGAAGAAACUCUUUCGGCCGCGCGAACUCGUGCUCAAGAUGGAUCUCCCGACCCAUACGUCGGCGGCGGGCAUCGACCUGGACGUCUCGGCCACACAGGUCAAGGUCGAGUCAAAGGCGUAUGCGCCGCUGUGCAUCGAUCUGCCUUUUCCGGUCGUGGAAGCCAAGGGCGUGGCCAAGUUUGACAAGGCGACCAAGAAGCUCAUCGUGACGCUACCGGUCGUCCCCGAAGCACCUCGGCCCACGGCACCGACCCGUGUCGAGUCGACAAGCAAAGAUGCGCCUAUCAACGACGGCAGUGCCGACGCACAGACAACCGAGACGGUCCAGCAAGACCAUGUGAAAGCUACAGCUGCCGCGUCGCCGCCAGCAACGGUCCCGUCCGUGGUGGCCACAGACGUGUUGGCAGUCCAACAGGUGACGACUCCAAAGCUUCCACCCACCGAUGAAUUUGCCCCGUACCGCGAAUUUGCGGCCAUGGCCCUCCACGACAAGCCUCGGAUCACGUACAAGACGCCCAAGGUGACGGAGCAAGAGACCGAGUCGCAUAUCUCGUACCUUGUGCACGUACCCGGUAUCGAAGCGGCGACCGUCUCGAUCCUCGAAGAAGCCAACGUUGCGCGCCUUCAAUUCCGCACCGCGGAGGGUCUCUGGUUUGAAUGGUCCUUCUCCGUCGCCAAUAUUGCCGAGUGGACGCAUGAUAUUGCGACGACCAACAUGGCCGUCGUGUGCACCAAGGUUGGCGCACUCAAAACGCCGCCGUUCCGAAUCUCAACGAGCGACGACGGAACGUCGAUUUCUCUUCUCGUCGACGUGCCGUCGGUCGAUCCGUCGAGCGUUGAGACAGAGUUUACUUCGUCGCGCAUGACGCUUCGGUUCCGCACGCUGCGCGAGGCGCAGUCGUACUGCUUGACCAAGGACUUUGACGACACGUAUCUUGAGCCUGCGAAGUGCAGCGUCGCGUCGGUGGCCGACGACAAUGUCCUCGUCGUUCUGAGUGUUUGCAAGGCGGAGACGCCUGUCCAAGCCGCCGAAGCAGUGGCUGCGACGAUGGCGCCGGCGACCAAGGCGGCGCUCAUCAGUCGCUUCACCAAUGACGUCAUGUACGAGCUCGACUAG